GAGCAACGUGAAUGUCAUAACAUUCAGGAGAGAUUUCAGGAAAUUUUUUUGCAUUGAUGGCAGUUACAGUAACUUUACUGGGGAGAUCACUGGUCACAUCACGGCUCUGUGGUUGUGUCAGUUUGAGUAAACGGCUUUACUGCAGCUCAGCAAAGAGAAUUAGGGUACGUGAUGCCCUCACCAGCCUGGAAACAGGCUCAACCUUCAGAAUCCAGGGUUGGGUACGCUCUGUCCGAUCACAGAAGCACAAUCUCUUUCUGCAUGUGAGCGAUGGAAGUUCUUUGCAACCUCUGCAAGUGGUAGCCAGUUCAGACCUCAACACCAGAGACCUCACCUUUGGCUGUGCUGUCGAUAUUACUGGAAGCUUGGAAAAGAGUCCUAGCAAUAAACAGAAUGUGGAAUUGCAAGCCAGUCGCAUUGAAGUGGUUGGAGAAUGUAAUCCUGUGGACUUUCCAUUUAAGAUCAAGGGCCACCACUCCUUGGAGUACAUCAGACAGUUUCCUCACCUGAGAUGCCGAACAAAUGCCUUCAGUUCGUUGCUCAGAAUACGCAGCCAAGCCACUGCUGCCAUUCAUUCUUAUUUCAGGGAUAACAACUUUUUGCAAAUUCACACCCCAGUGAUUACAUCAAAUGACUGUGAAGGAGCAGGAGAACUCUUUCAGGUGGAACCUGCAGGUAACGAAUGGAACUCGGAUAAAGAAAAUCCCCAUUUUUUCUCCGUGCCUGCAUACCUAACUGUCUCAGGACAGCUGCAUCUGGAAGUGAUGGCAGGGGCUUUUCCUGCUGUUUACACAUUUGGCCCAACAUUUCGAGCAGAGAAUUCCCAGACCAGGAGACACUUGGCUGAGUUUUACAUGGUGGAGGCAGAAAUAGCUUUCACUGAGUCACUGAAAGACCUCAUGAAGAUUAUGGAGGGUCUGUUCAAGACAACCACAGAGAAUCUGCUCUCUCACUGUGCAGAGGAUAUGGAAUUAUUUCACAAAUACGUCUCGCCAGGAUAUAUGGAGCAAGUGGACCUCAUGAUGAAAAGAAACUUUAAUGUCAUUUCCUAUACAGAAGCGAUUGACAUUCUAAAGCACAGUUCAGAGCAAUUUGCCUUCAAACCAGAGUGGGGCUGUGAUCUUCAAACAGAGCAUGAGAAGUACAUAGUGCAGCAUUGUGGGAACGUCCCAGUCUUUGUGACGGAUUAUCCGUAUGAGCUAAAACCUUUCUACGCCAGAGACAAUCAAGACCAGCCUCAGCACACAGCAGCUGCAGUGGACCUCUUGGUGCCCGGUGUGGGGGAGCUGUGUGGUGGUUCUCUCAGAGAGGAAAGACUAGAGCUUCUAAGGACUCGGCUAGCACAGGCUGGAUUGGAAGACACAUAUGCAUGGUAUCUUCAGCUGAGAGAGUUCGGGUCAGUGCCUCAUGGUGGUUUUGGGAUGGGCUUCGAGAGGUACCUGCAGUGUGUUUUAGGAAUCGACAACAUCAAGGACACUAUUCCGUUCGCAAGGUUUUCACACUCCUGUGUUCUAUGAAGCAGUCUGGUAUAAUAUUAUAAUAAACUGAUGGAAAGGACGUGGCAUUGUUCCGUAUGUUUUAGCAGCGUGACUGCAUUUGCAGAACGGUAGUGGCAAAUCACUCCUUAAUGCACAGAAACAGAUGGCAAGAGACAGUAAAUUAUUCCAGAUUACAUUAAGAUUUGUGGUCCUUUAUUUUAAUGAGAACUACUUGACAAAUGCUUCCUCCAUACCAUAAAUACCUUCUGCUGUAAAAUGAAUUCUGUCAUGAAAAAUAGAAAGUAGAAAACAUGGGAAAGUGAGUGAGUUAAGAUCUUGAACCCAGAGCCUCUUUCGUAACUCAGCAGUGUGCAAUUGACAUGCAAAGCACUUGCAAAUGUGUACAGAUCAUCUCGCUUUGCCAAGCUUGAGCCGCAAUGAUUUGUAAGUGCUGUAGCUAAAAGGCUUUUUGACAGUUCAUUUGACUUGGGAGUCAAGCCCAUACUUUUUCUGUUUAGUUUUGAACAUAUUUAUUGUAGUUACAUUUUAAUGUAUUGAUUCUUUCUUGCUGCUAUUUUAGUGCAGGCUUUUUUGUAAUGGUAUUGGAUUUAUAAGAGGGCAUAUCAGUUUUAUUAAAGGAAAGAGUGUAACAACAUGACAAAAUUCAUUCGCAGCAUUCUGUUUAUUUUGUGAUCAGAAAUUACUUAGCAUAGUAUAGUCAGUUUCAGUUCAAGUAUUUUUUUUAAAUACUAAACUAUAAUAGCAUAUAGUAUAUGAAAAAUCCAGAUUAACUUCAAUUUGUGAUGAUUAUUUACACUUACAGUGUACUAAGUAUAUAGUCUGUAUAUAGCUGAUUUACACUUGAUGACCACUAGAUGGCAGCUCUUUCUAAUCAACAGCUGUGUUUACUGUUGAUUUAGAGACUGUUUAUUAGUAUUUACUAAUAAAUAUUCAUUGGCCAUUUUUUUUAAAGGUAAACUUACCAAAUAGGUGCAUUUUAUAGGUACAUUUACUGUCUGUAGUCCAUCUGUUGUUUAAACCCAUCCCUCUUAGCACAUAUUAUUCUGUUUUUUUUUUUGUUUUUUUUUUUUUUGUUUUGUUUUGUUUUUAAAUUAAAACCACUGUGUAUUCUUACUGUCCACUUAAUUAGACACACCUACGCUGUUAGUCCAGUGCCUAACAUACAUCCCAAGACUGUUCAGUUUCAGUGCUAUGUCUAGGAGGCUCCACUACCCAAAUGAUGGCCUAUGGUCUUGUGCUGGUCCCUUUCCAUUAAUGGAGAGUGUAGAAGGGGCUGACACAAUGUGCAUAGCCACAGAUGUACGCCAGAGUACUGGAUACUCUGUAUACCUACAAAGUACGCCAAAGUACUGGAUGGCUAGUGAAUGUAUUUCCCUUGAUUUUGUAAAAAUAUAUGUGCUAUAAAUUGCGGCCUACUCUUUUAAUAGUACUAAUUUCUUUGGCGUUGUGACAAUACCAUGUUAUUCAUUCUGAAAUGGCAUGUUUUGUUUAAAAUGUUCAAUUUUAUAGUAGCCUAUGAAUAAAUAUUUUGUGACAAUGUU